CCAAACUUUUACCACAAUAAUAUCUGAAGCGUUUGCAGUCGCUCUCUAUCUGUUCUUCUGAUGAGAGACAACGAACAAUAAAAUAAACACAUUCGUCCAAUUUACUUUGUAGAACACUAAAGAUAUGAGUGGUACAGGGCGUGAACCCGUCUUCGCUGAGAAGUCAGAACAAGAAAAAGUGUUGAUUUCACUGGACACUGAAGACGACAAGUUAUUUCUCUUACAUUUCAUCAUAGGAAAUUACUUCGGACCACAUUUACAUGACGAUGAUGGGAACAAGAGAAAGCAAUCAGCAUUUCAGAUUCAAGCGUCCUCGAAUCUCCCAACAAAAGAGGAGCUAAGUGCUUCAUUAAUGAAACGAGCUGAGCUAGAACGUGUGUAUUACUACGUUCUCCGCAACGCAGAUCCAUCGUUAGUCUUCAAUCGGAAAGUCCUAAGCCGAUACUUUAACGAAAAACGCAAAGCUUCUAAUGUGGAUUUCCCUCUUUUCAGAGAUCUCUAUCCCUUUAAACUGCAUCCUGAAUCUCGUAUUAGGAAUCAGUAUAAGCUUAUCAAGAGCAUUGUGUUCAUCAACGAUCCAGAUACUUCUUGUAUGAGAGAAGACUGUGUUGACCGGUUUAAGCUGCUCACGGGAUUGCAGAGCUUUACUUUGAGCCUUAACAUUGAUGUAACUGAGGUUGAUGAUGAGCCCUUGGAAACGUUGGGCACUUGUUUGGAAGGAGGACCUGGUAACCAUGAUGAAUCAGAACCGACGCUUGAAGCAAAUGGGGUAAUAAUAGCUGAUGCUCAGGCUGCACAGAUGAUGGGACUAAUGGAUAUCGGUGAAUGUGCUGACGCUUAUCUCUUCCGUGUAUCGCUUCCUGGUGUGAAAAGAGAUGAAAGGCAUUUUAGCUGUGAAGUAGAAGACAAUGGAAGAGUACUAGUUAGAGGAGUUACUACAACAGGAGAGAAGCAAGUUCAUCGUUAUUCUCAGGUGUUUAAGAUGAAGACGCAUAACCUUUGCCCACCCGGUCAAUUUUCUGUCUCAUUUCACCUCCCUGGUCCUGUCCAUCCGCAGGAGUUUACCGGCAGCUUUGGAACAGAUGGGAUAUUUGAAGGGACUGUAAUGAAGAAGUUGCAGAAGCAAACUGUGUAACCCUGAUAGCUGUAGGAAUCAUCACUUUUUGGUUUUGGCUUAUGGCUUAGUUAUGUACUGGUUGCUUUUUGUAAGUUUUAUUAGUCUAUGCAACCGUUAAAUUGUCUGGA